GUUUCAGUACUAAAUCGUUAGCCCAAGAAAUAUGAUGUCCCCAAUUGGAGUUAUCCUGCUACUGUGCUUUAGCCUCACAUCAGCUGAGCUCAGGGAUUCAACAGUAAGUGGCAACAGUCCACGCAAUUGCUACAGCUGCGAAGGCAUCAAUUGCCAGCGAACCUCGCGACAAAAUGUGACUGUGACUUGCACCGAUGUGCUGGACAUCUGUGUGACUGCCUACGAUGAUUUCAUGGUCACCGAGCGAGGAUGUUUGCUGGAGCUUUCGCUGGCGUCUAAGGCCAAGUGUAAUACUGGUGACAAGCAGUGUCAGAAAUGUAAUGGAGAAUUGUGCAACAAUCUGGGACGCAUUGAUUUCCAAUGCAUUCAAUGCGAUGGCUCAGAGAACUCAGACUGCAAUACAGGAGGAUCGAGUGUGAGUCCUUCGCAGUGUGCGGCGCCAACUUCUAGCAAUUCCUAUUGCUAUGUCAAGGUUGAGGGAACAAAUCUGCAGCGAGGUUGCGCGCUGAGUGUGAAGGAGCAACAGACUUGCCUGAAUGACACCGCCUGCAGCCUUUGUUUGCCGGAGAAUGCAGAUGCCUCGAGUGCGUGCAACAACUACAAUCUGGAGUACAGCAAAUCGGGGGCAGCACAAGGCCAGCAACUCUUUGUUCCCUUGAUUGGUGUUGUUUCUCUGCUGGCUCUGCGAGUACUACAAUAAUUUAACAUUUUGUUUAUGAUUAAUCAAAAAUAAACGCAAUCACUACACAAGUCAAUCACAAAUAGAA